GAUCUUAAAGAUGAGGUAUUAUCUUCUUGCUGUGUUCCUGGUGUUCCAACAUGUUUCAACUUCUUUGGUAUAUGGUAAGGAUGUGAAUGCCGGAUCAAAGGCUGCUUCUAAUGAUGACCCUGCGCCAAAUCUCAGGUCACUUUUUUAUCCAGAUCCAGUUGACACAUUAUCUAGCGGAUAUAAUUCGUUAUCUAGCGGAUAUAAUCCGUUUUCUAGCGGAUUGGGCGGUAAUCCCUUAUAUAGUGGAUUAGGCGGUAAUCCCUUAUAUAGCGGAUUAGGCGGUAAUCCUUCAUAUAGCGGAUUACUGGUUAAUUCGUUGUAUAGCGGAUUAGGUGGAAAUCUGUUAUAUGGCGGAUUGGGAGGCAAUCCGUUAUUAAGCGGAUUAGGUGGUAAUCAGUUAUUUGGGGGAUUAGGUGUCAAUCCUCUUUAUAAAAGAUAACUAAUACUAUUAAAAGGUAUAACAGGAGGACAGAAAAUUGACAGAGAUUUAUCAUCUUAAUAUUGACUAAGCUGUAUUGAUAAUUAAUUAAAAUUAUUAUUAAAAUGUUGUUAAAAUUA